GAACCGCGAAUAUCUACCAAAAAUGGAGGAGCAAGCUUGUUGCAGAUCAGGAAAAGAGAAAGAAAAUGGAGAAUCGAAAGGCAUCGCCGUAAGCGGCAUGCAAUUCGCAUACGAAUUGCAGCGUCCGCUCUUCUUCGAUUUCAAUCUCGAUAUCGCUCGUGGAUCUCGUUGCCUUCUCGUCGGUGCCAACGGAUCUGGGAAGACGACAUUGUUGAAAAUUUUAGCAGGAAAGCAUAUGGUUGGUGGAAGAGAUGUUGUGAGAGUACUUAACCGUUCGGCUUUUCACGACACUGAACUUGUUUGUAACGGUGACUUAGCUUAUUUGGGAGGAUCUUGGAGUAAAACUAUUGGCUCCGCUGGGGAGGUUCCAUUGCAGGGGGAUUUCUCAGCGGAACACAUGAUAUUCGGAGUUGAAGGGAUUGAUCCAGUGAGGAGAGAUCAUUUGAUUGAGUUACUUGAUAUUGAUUUGCAAUGGCGAAUGCAUAAGGUAUCUGAUGGGCAACGUCGUCGAGUCCAAAUUUGUAUGGGUCUUCUUCAUCCUUUUCAGGUUCUUUUGCUAGAUGAGGUUACGGUGGACCUCGACGUUGUUGCAAGGAUGGAUUUACUUGAUUUCUUUAAGGAAGAAUGUCAACAGAGAGAGCCACAAUCGUAUAUGCUACCCACAUUUUUGAUGGGCUGGAGACAUGGGCAACACAUCUGGCUUACAUCCAAGAUGGUCAAUUGAGAGAUCUGAGAAGUUAACCGAAACAAAAGAGUUGAAAAGCUCAGAAAAUUUGCUCUCAGUUGUUGAAGCCUGGCUUCGCUCCGAAACCAAGUCUGAGAAAAAGAAACCGUC